GAAAAAGACCACCUAAGCAAAAAGACACUGCUUUUUGCUGUGCUUCUGUGUCGUGCCACUGAAUUACCUACACAUAUACAGCACUGACAAAAACCAAGAAUCUUGAUAAUUGUUGAACCAUACCGCCCCAAAACAAUGUCCCGCGUAAAGCAUUUUGGACCCCCUCUGAUAGGGCUGGCGUUUGCGAUUGUCGCAUUUGUGUUCUCAGUAAUCACCAUCACGUCGCGCGAAUGGGCCAUACGCGACAACUACGACACAGAUUUCGCUCCUCAAUACUGGGAAAAGCCCAUCUACACACUCUACCGUUCUCCAUUCAUCAUAUGCACUGCAAAACAGGUCAACAGCACCAAUUCUGAUGAACCACCGACCCACCACGUGCAUUGCGACCACUUUAAACCCUACGGACACAACAAGACCAGCUGCGAGCUUUAUAACUCGACGGGCUCGGACAAAGCCACGACCAUUGGAGAUCAACGCUCGUGCCAGCAAAUCCAUCUCGCGGGUAACUAUGCCAUCGCCAGCACUGUCUUCAUCGGGAUCGGGUUCCUGGCAACCACGGCGCUGGUAUUGUUGAGCUUGCUGCGAUCUGUCUCCACGCACCGACACAAGCAUGAGUCGGGUCACGGAAGCAACAAUAACAGAACCAUGCCUAUCCUCGCCCUUGUCACACUGGUCUUUUUAUUUGUUGGCUUUGCAACAGCUGUCAUCUCACAAUUCUAUGCCAUAUUGGGCUUCAUAGUAUCGCUCCCCAAUCAGUCUGAUUUCGCAUCAAGCCAGGGAUCGGGAGGCAGUGAUGAGAGUGAUGUGAACGGCGGCCACGGUCCUUGGUACCAAGGGAAAGCGCUGAGCGUGUACGCGACGCUCGCUUGGGGCUUCACUAUUGCCACGGGGACUAUAGUGGCCUUGACUUGGCGACUGCCUCGAUGGUAUGUAUAACUGUGAGCAUCAGAGAGGAUUUGUUGCAGCAUUCCAAUUCCGUCUUGAUUUAGGAAUUUGAGUUGCCAAUAUUUCCAUGGCUGCUUUCAACAUUUGCAUAAUAAACUCAUUAUAUUUCUUUCUGUUGAGUUGCUGGCUAGAAUGGACGGCUUAUAUUGUCAAUAUUAAUUAUUGUACUGUUUAUUUCACUUCAGUCUGACAAAGAUGUCUCUCUCACCUUUUAUCAGCUAAGUGUUUUAUGUAAGACUACUAGGCAAGUGGCAUUUAUUUCCUAUACCUACCUCCUUAAUCCAUACAGUUUCAGCUGAGUCUAAAUGUCGAUACUCUAUACCAGAGAUGGAG